AUGUCGGUGCCGUUCACAAAUGAGUACAAGUUAAGGCAAGUGGCUGAUUCUCAGCUGAAGUCUUGUGUGAUCUGCUACAAGUCCUCGUCGAGCGUGCUCGUAACUACCAACUCGGUGGAUUUUUUCUAUGUGUGCCCACUGCACUUGGCUGAUGAGCAUUUUGCUGUGCACAGUGUUAAUGAUGCCUACAAUGCCCUAGUCAAGGAGAAAGAUGAGUUGGUGGAGCUCGUCACCCAAUUGAAAGUCAAGAUUGAAAAGAACAAGCCGUCGGUAUUCGCUAAACUUCCUGGUUUCUCCAGUUCCAAUGAGGGAGAUAAGGAUAAAGAUAAGGAUAAGACCAACACCUACGAAACUCUAACCAAGGAAAAGGAGAUUCAUGAGAAAAAGUUACAACAGCUUGACACGGAUAUCGCCAACUUCAAGUUCAAGGAUUAUGUCUUGAACAACGACAUUUUCAGAAUGAGAUUGAAGAAUUAUAUUAACAAGAAGAUAAACGAGAAGAGAUUGAAGGAUAUGCACAACCCCGGAUUUUUCCCAGCAGCCCCCACCUCCAAACUAGGAGAUGACGUAUAG